AUGCGUGGACAAAGUCUAGCACAAGCGCAGGCAGAAGUGUUAGAAGCGAGGGCUAUUCAAGUCAUUCGUAACUCGGUGACGACUCGAGGAAGACGCGAUUGCUCCAGAGUGGGACUGCAAAGCGGAUCUGGCAUGAAUGUGUUUGUGAUGAUCGGAAAACGACUAGCAGUUCGUGCUUUCGCUGUUAUGGGCUACACUUAG